AUGCCACUUGUAAAUAACAAAGUGGGAGAUGAUUGCACAGUCGGCACAGACGAGGCUUUGGCUGAUGGGAAGGCUCUGGUGGAUUCCUUGAUAAAGGUGGUGGCCUGUUACCGGCACUUGGCCUCGUGCGUUGGUGGUUGCACAGACAGCCUGCAGCUGCGGGAUGAGCUGCGUCAAACGAGAGAAAAGGCCCAGAGGCUGGCCGCGUCCACCUGUAGUCUGCUGACCUCACGUCUCCGGGACAAGAGCCUGCCUGAGGAGCAGCGUAAGGAGAUGGAGCUCCUCUGGGUGGCCUUCUCCUCCAGCCUAGAGCUCCUCCAUGUUGACAUGUGCAAAGUCUUCAGCAUGGGUGACAUCUUCUCUCUGGCCAACACCGCUGCUCUGGUGCAAACUGGCCUCCAAGGGGGAGCCGGCGAGGUGGCAGCUCGGGCGCUCAGUCUGCCAGACCUGAACCGGGCUCAGAGUCCCGCCGCCGCGCCCGACCCGGAGGGCCUGGAGAGCCAGGAGCGCAGCGACCUGGAGCGGGAGAUCGGCCGAAUCGACCGCAUGAUCGACGACAUGGAGAUGAAAGUCAACGUGCUGCGCUGGAUGGUGGAGGCCCGCGGGCCCCAGUACGCAGAGCCGCUGAGCAGCACCGACAGCGCCUCCCUGGCCCCGCUGUCCACUGAUGAGGAGCAGGCGGGGCAGCGGCCUCCCUCCCAGCGCAGUCGCAUCUUUGUGCUCUUAUUGCUGUUUGCUGUUGUUUUGGUGGCAGCCACUUUAUCUGUGUGUGUCGUCUUCUUCUCGUGAGCAAAACCUUAAUACAAUAAAUACACAACCUCAGCCAGAUGCUCAGUAACACUGUAA